AACGCUUCAUAUGCAUGAGUGACUCAGAGGUCCUUAAUGACGUCAGAUCCCCUCUAUAUAUACUGAACAAUUUGUCGUUUGGUAAUCACUGACUGCGUGAAGCAAACUAAUAAGUGUCAUGUUUGGUAAAACACUGGUUGGUUUGCUCCUGUUUGUGACUCUGUCCAGUGCCUUUGUCGUGGACUUUGUCCAGGACCUGUUUUCUUCCUGCAGUGAUGCUAAAAACCCUAUAAACCCCGUGCAAGACACAUCGCCGACAUGUUUGCAACAAGCAACAUCGGGUUCUUGUAGUUUCUUCAACUGCUUUGAACAGCGGUACCCUUGUAGUAAUUGUGGCUUUAACAAACACUAUGGUACAUACGACUGCGAGAAGUUUUACCUACCUGUCUACUAUAACCAAUUCAAUGAUCUGGGAAAACGCUGGAUCAAGGCAACAGGCGACUGUCUUAUCAACACACUGAAGCAGUUCUACACACAGGACAGUGUCCGAUGUCGGAUGGUGAAAACAACCAUGAUGGAUCACGUAUCCACCUGUUACCUACGCAACGCCGCCAACAUAAGUUUUUGCGACAUUUUCUGGGACAACAGAAACGCCCUCAUGGGAGUGUACGAGGCUGAGAGCUUUCUGCAACCAACAGAAAUGCAUAGGAUAUUGUUUGAGGUUCUACAGAUAGGAACUAGCUGUACUGGGGACCAUGUAUCGGAAUUUCGGACACUGGUGAUGGAAAGGAUUACACCUGUCGUCUCCCAGGCCGGGGAUCGUUUGCGGGAAGCCGGGGAUCACUUGCAGGAAGCCGGAAGACGAGUUGGAAACUGGCUCAGCAACAUAUUUUCUAAGUAAAAGUCAGCUCGACUUUAUUCACGAAAUCCACGAUAUUUUGCAUAAUGUCAGUUUAUUUUCUCAUGAUUCAAAGUUAUCGCAUUUGUUGGUACUUUAUUAAAGAUGUUUUUUCUUCAA